CUCUCUACAUUGGCUAAAUUUUAUUUUCUUUUUGUUUGUUUUAAUUUAGUUUAGUUUCCUUUAGUGUUGAUUUCUGAAAUACUAUUAAUAACAUACGAUAUAUAGGGUUUUCCCUUGUUACUACAUUUCGGACGAGUCCUGUAUAUAACAUAACAAUAAUUUUGUUUUAAUUGUAUUUCAAUGUUUCGGUGAUACAAAUUUAUCAACAAUGACUGCUACAGCAUCUGCUACUACUGCUACUAUCGAUGAAGACUUAGACGAAUGUGGACCGCAGUUAAUAACCAAGCUAGAGGGAAAUGGAAUAACAUCAGGUGACAUAAAGAAACUAGAAGAAGCAGGUUACCACACUGUGGAGUCAGUUGCUUAUGCUCCUAAGAAAUGGCUUAUAACUAUAAAGGGUAUAUCAGAAGCAAAAGCUGACAAGAUAUUGGCAGAGGCAUCAAAGUUGGUACCAAUGGGUUUCACUACUGCCACUGAGUUUCAUCAGAAAAGGGCUGAAAUCAUUCAGUUGACCACUGGAUCGAAGGAACUGGAUAGAUUACUUGGAGGCGGAAUUGAGACAGGAUCCAUCACAGAAAUAUUUGGUGAAUUCCGGACUGGAAAGACACAGCUGUGCCACACAUUGGCUGUUACUUGUCAGUUGCCGAUAGAACAGUCGGGCGGCGAAGGGAAAUGUAUGUACAUCGACACGGAGGGUACAUUCCGUCCGGAGAGACUGCUGGCUGUGGCGCAGCGCUACGGCAUGGAGGGCGCCGCCGUGUUGGACAACGUGGCGUACGCUCGGGCGUACAAUACGGACCAUCAGACGCAGCUGUUGGUGCAAGCUUGUGCGAUGAUGGCGGAGUCCAGAUACUCGCUGAUAAUAGUGGACAGUGCAACGGCGUUAUACAGAACAGAUUAUUCCGGAAGAGGAGAGCUGAACCCGAGACAACAACACCUCGGUCGUUUCAUGAGAAUGUUACUCAGACUAGCUGACGAGUUCGGAGUUGCAGUCAUAAUAACCAAUCAAGUGGUGGCCCAGGUGGAUUCAGUGGGCGUCUUCAACGCAGACACUAAAAAGCCUAUAGGGGGGCACAUUUUGGCACACGCCUCGACGACUAGACUUUACUUGCGCAAGGGCAGAGGCGACAACCGCGUGUGUAAAAUAUACGACAGCCCUUGCUUACCCGAAACAGAGGCAAUGUUCGCUAUUAGUGCUGAAGGUAUAACUGACGCUAAAGAAUAAAUGUGAUUGUAUCCAAUGAGUUAAUCAAUACUAACAUUAUAAAGCAAAUGUCUGUGUUACAAUCAGUUUAAAACCUAACGUUAAACAUAGGUUACUAGUUGCUACUGUAAUAAUAAUCUCAAUUUAGUAUCUCAUGUGUCAGAGUUCAUAGGUUCGAAUCCCGGAUUUCAAAAUAUUGAAUCUUUUGUUUAUUGACCUAUUCUAGGAUCUAUUUCUAUCAAAUAUGUUUGAGUUAGUAUCCCAAAACAGAAACAAUCUAAUUAAGAGCAGUUGUAAUUUAUGUGCACAAUAUUUAUUAAUUAUCAAAAGACUUAAUAGCUGAUGAAUAAAGACGACUUUUCUUAACAUGGAUUACCUCUGGAUUAGCAGGCGCGAUGUAAAUAUAAAUGAUAUUGAAUAAAAAGGCUGGUAUAUUUUUAAAGGCUGUUUUAUUUCAUUGCAUACAAUAUAGAGAACAUAUCAAAUAAUUUAUUACAAUUUCAUAUUGGAUUUAAUUGUCUACUGCAUUUAAAUAUUAUGUAUAACUAUUGGAAGCAUGACAUAUUUUUGGUACAAUUUAAAUAAGUCAUUGCUUUUUCUCUGAAAAUAUCAAAUUUAUCUUGGUAGGAACUUUGCAAUUUUUUUUUGAUAGGCAGGGCGGUAAAGAAAAAAUACAAUGUGAUAAAUAAUAAUUUAGAAUUUUUUUAAAAAAUUCCAUUUAAAUUUUAUAAUGAUUGGGGUUUUUGAUAGUCCUCCAGUAACAUACUAGUUACCUAAUUCGUAUGGUAAAACUGACUAUUAUGUUAUGAAAUCAUUAAAUUUGUUUUCAUAAAGAAAUAUGGGAACGGAAACAAACUUGAAUAUUUGGAAAAAGAAUGGCACGUUGUAUAUUUUAUAACUGUGGUGUGGUAGAAAAUUGAACCUACAAAUUAAUUUGAAAUAUUUCACGAUAAUACUAAUUAAUUAGGUAGAUAUAUAUUGUAAAUAAGUAAAUAAUAUUUGCAGGUGUUUUUCAAUGCUAAAACUACACUCAUCAAUUUAAAUAUUAUACCAUUUCUUAUUCCCCUUAAAAAAAUAAUUACUACUAGAAAUUUUAAUGAUAUACUUUACAUGAUAUAAAUCAUGUACAAAUACAAUGCUUCUAUGAGCUAUACCCAUUUCUGUAUCAUAAGACGUGUCAUUCAAGUUAUAUACCUACACUAAAACGUAAUUUACCUAGACAUUUUUAUAUUUGUAUAAAUAAUAAAUAAAAAACCAAACUAGCUAAAAAAUAACGGACUAAAACACUAUGCGAUUUUCAGUACUUAUAUAAUAAAUCGGUAUACAUAAAAGUAGAAUCGUAAGCCACAUAUAUAGUGCAUAGUGUAAUAGUUGUUAUACUUCGUUAUUUAUAAAUGAUUAGUGUCUGUAAAUGGCCCCAAAAUUGUAUUAAAAUUAAAAAAGGCGUGACAAUAAAAAGUAGAAGUUUGUAUGAGGUAAUGAUAUCAUUAUUAUGACAAAGAUUAUAUAUGUAAAGAUUAAAAUGAAAUGCUAUGUAUCUAAUCUUUGUUUAAGUACUGUUUUAAUCAAAUGCCUAUAGGUCGAUAUCGAUCAUAGAUCGAUCUGAUUAAUAUAUGACUAAUUAAUCCGAUUUAUAUUUCAUCGAUAAGACUAUCUAGCAAUACUAGUCAUUGACUUUCGUAGCCACAUAGAGUUUACAGACACAAACCAAGCAACACAUUUAACUUCGAUUUCCAAAUAACACCCAUCGCAUCUUAUCGGAUUAAAAAGAUAAAAUAUGUACUUUUAUAUUGUAAACGUAUGAUGAUUGUUUAAAAAAUACAUGAGCACGGGCAGAAAUAAUAAUAUAUAAGUAAGUAGAUACUAAAAGAUAAAAAUAUAAAUUUUAGAAGUGUCAUCUUGUACUUGUGUUUAUAUCGCUUCCAAUUCGACGCCUAUAAAGGUGUAAAAAUCAAGUUUUUAGUAAUAAUAGAUUUUGAUCAAUCGGUUUUACCUAAACCCAAAUUACAAGAUUAUAAGCUACAAAUGUCGAUCAAAAUCUAUUGAUUGCUAUGAGUAAUAUUAAUGUAUGCGUAAUA